UAACGGGUACAAUGUUUUAGUGAUGCCAAAAAAGACGAAAUGCAAAGCUGGCCUCAGCAGGAUUUGAACUCAAAAUGUAAAGAGCCGAAACGAAUAUUGCCAAGCAUCUUGUCAAAAUUUCUGAUGAUUCUGUCAAUCCUCCGCCCUAAAUAUGUUUGAUAAUAUGCGGCUACAAGACCUUUGGAUGUAGCCCCAUAUUACUUUGAAAAGCUUUUAGCACUUUGUAAUCGUACGUGCUGUUGUUACUUAAAACUUUAUUUUUCGGAAUGUGUCAAUUUAUUUCCCUUAGCUCAACUUUGCUUUUUUAGUUUUGUUACAUCAGUUUCAGUUUUAAACCCGGAAGCCGAUUAAGACAGUUCUGCUCGUAUUUGAACUAAAUCAAUAUCUUAUGCAGAGAAACGGAAAAAGCAUGAACCCACAAAACAGAGAAGGCAUGAGUCCAGGAGAGGCAUGGGAUAUUCCAUGGGGUCUGAAUAGAACAUAUAUGACCUAUUUCUUCAAUAGUAAAAAGAAAGAAGUACUUAGCAACCAAGAGUUGAAAAUUUUUGCAAACCAUAUUUUUGGAGAACAUAAAGUGCGUGAUAAAACGACAUUUAUGACAGCUUUGAUGGAUUGGAUAACUGAAAAGCAAUUGUUAAAAAAUGACGAAAAAGCUAUACACUAUCACUUAAUAGAAGCUUUGAGGGCCAGUGGGUUUAAUAAGCAAGCUGAUCAUCUACAAAAUGAUUAUGAUUGUCUACACUAGUCAUAAAUCAUCAUCGUCAUCAUGUCCACUUUUUUAUGCUUUCUUGGAUUGGAUGGAGUUUAUUGAAGCAGAUUUUCUACUGCCAGAUGUUCUUCUUGUCAUCAAAGCAUUAUUUUCCCUCUUCCUUCAGGUAAUGAAAACAAACAGCUCACUGGUAAAACAUGUUUUGCCAGUCUCAAACUGUCCAAUCCAUGCCAGCAUAGAAAAUGGACAUUAAAUCAAGAAGAGGAAGAGGAAGAGGAGGAGGAGCAUAAGCUCAAAAACAUUAAAGAUUUCUUCUAUUUUCCAUGAGUUGUUUUUCCACUCCCUCUUUGUGGGGUUUCUUUUUUUGAAUCUUUCAUUUUAACAGUUAUUGUUUAUCAAAUCCAUUUGCAAGGCCUUGGUCAGCCCAUGGCCACAGUAGAAGACAGACACAAAAUAAAUUUACAUAAAAAAGUUUUUAUUGUCAUCAAUAAUAUUAUUUGUGUUAAAUAGCUGAUGAAAUAACUAUACGAAAAUGUUUCUGGGAUGUAAAAAUACAAGUUCCCAUGCUAUAACAAAAUAACACCAUUCUCUCUCUCUCUCUCAAAUUAUUGUUUUCUCAUUGAUUCAGUUAUACAGUAAUAAAUUUUCAUCUCAUUGUUUUUUGUUUUUGUUUUGCUUUCAGCUACAUUAUAAUAAUCAUUUGUCAGAAUCAAUC